AUGCAUCUAACUUCUCCUCUCAUCUUCUUCUUGGCAAAUCAUAUCUUAGAAAAUCAACAACAAAACAAGCCCCAAGUCAUGAACUCUUCCAAAACAUUUGUGCUCAUACUUUUCCUGGCACUAACCACGAAUGAGCUGUUGGUGGAGUCAUUCACCACCGUAGCUCAAGUCCAAGUGAUCAUAAUCAACAACUUACAAGAUAGUACGCCGCUGACAGUCUAUUGCCGGUCAGAAGGUAGAAAUUUCGGCGUUCAGAAUAUCCCGUUCGGCCUCUCCUUUCAGUGGACUGUCGGUGCUAAGGAAACCGCGCCAUUCUUCUGUGACUUGAGCCAUGGAAAUUUGCAUGGCUUUUUCGACAUUUUUGACAGAGAUUACGUUACUGGUCAGUGUGAUGAGGGUCAGUGUGUUUGGAGGGUGAAGAGUGAUGGAUUGUAUUUCAAGAGAUCAAAUACUUAUGUGUUGCAGUUUCGAUGGCCAUAG